AUGUCAGGUUACUAUAGAAGAACACACCCAUCCUCAGGUUCAUACAGACAUCCUCAAGAACAAUCUCAGUAUUCGCGUUCUGGCCAAUACCAGCAAUCAACUGACCAUCCAUACCAACAGUAUCCUAAUCAAUACAAUCAACGCCGACAUCAUAACCAUAAUGAAAGUCCGAGGCGACGUUAUAGUGACGAUCGCCCACAUAGUUUGAACAAUGGCAAUUCGCGGCAUUCAUAUUAUGGUACAAAUAAUAGCCACAGUGAUGCAUAUUCAAAUAAUAAACCAGACGUUAGUAAUCAAAAGGGUUUGUCUCAAUCACGCUAUUCAAGUACCGGCGCUCAUACCCCAUCUGCAUCUACAUCUGCCUCUGCGCAAAAACCUCUUCUCGCUCAAUCAGCCUUACUCCUUCAACAAAGACCGCCUUCAGUUCUGAAAUACAAUACAGUGACCUCGAGGUCCAAAUUUCACUACUUUGACCCCAUAAAAGGCGAGUUCUCCAAUAAGGAUAAAAUGGUUUCUUGGAAGACUACAGACAAAGAGUUUUCCGAAACCGGUUAUUACGUAGUUAAAGAGCUACAAGAUGGGCAAUUCAAAUUCAAAGUAAAGCACAGGCAUCCGGAAAUUAAAGCGUCCGAUCCACGUCGUGAAAACGGAACUAUACUCAAUGGAAAAAUGGCAAGUCACAGAAAAUGCAGAAAAUCAUUGGUUUUACUGCCUCGCAUAUCUUAUGACAGGUAUUCUUUGGGGCCUCCCCCCCCAUGUGAAAUAGUUGUUUAUCCAGCACAGGAUUCAACAACUACUGGUAUUCAAGAUGUAUCAAUAAAAAACUAUUUCAAAAAGUACGGUGAAAUUUCUCAUUUUGAAGCAUUUAAUGACCCUAAUAGUGCUUUACCUUUGCAUGUUUAUCUUAUAAAGUAUACCGGUUCCGAUGGAAAAAUUAAUGAUGCAGCAAAAUCAGCCUUCAAUGCUGUGAGGAAGCACGAAUCUUCAGGCUGCUUUAUCAUGGGCUUUAGGUUUGAAGUUAUUCUGAACAAGAAUUCCAUUUUAAGUAAUAUUAUCUCCAAAUUUGUUGAAAUGAAUGCCAAAAAUUUACAAAUACUGCAAGAGAGUUUGAAGAAGGCCAAAGAAAAAGAGGCGGAGAAGGAAAAAGUAAAGGAGGCACAAAGUAAAGAUAUUAAUUUGCCCAAAGAACCUAAAAUGGACACAUUAUCGCAUUCGCCAGGACACGAAAAGAAAAUUCCAUAUGAUCUUUUGGGUGUAGUUAAUAAUAGACCUGUUUUACAUGUCUCUAAGAUAUUUAUUGCCAAGCAUAGAUUUUGUAUUGAGGACUUCAAAUACAAAUUAAGAGGUUACAGAUGCGCAAGGUUCAUUGACCAUCCUACCGGUAUAUAUAUUGUUUUCAAUGACAUUGCGCAUGCGCAAACUUGUUCGAAUGCAGAGUCGGGAAAGUUGACAAUAGCGUCCCGCAGCAGAAGAAUACCUAUUCAGAUAAAAUUUCAUUUAAUUCUUCCCAGGUUCCAAAACAGAACUAGAUUCAAUAAACCCGACUCAUCAUCAAUAUCCGCCCACGCACCUGUGAAAUACAAGUCCAAGGAAGAGUUCAUUGAAGCUACAGCUAAACAAAUAUUGAAAGAUUUAGAGAAGGCCUUACAUGUUGAUAUUAAGAAAAGGUUGGUAGGACCCACAGUAUUUGAUACGUUGGACCAUGCAAAUUUCCCUGAAUUAUUAGCCAAAAGAGAAUUAAGAGAAAGGGAGAAAAAGCAAGAGAUCGCCUCAAAAAUUGCUGAAAAUGAGUUGAAACGCAAAGAGGAAACUCAAAAGGACUUCGACUUGUUUGGCUUGUAUGGCAGCUAUGCAAAAUCCAAUAAAAGAAGUUUGAAAAGACGUAGUUCACUUACAAUGGGCCAUACUUCUUUAAAAAGGAAAAAGUUAUCUAAGGGCAUCAAACCAAUGGCACAUUUGUUAAAUGAAGAAACUGAUUCUAAGGAAGCUACUCCAUUCAAUGAUAACGGCAUUUCUAACUUAUCAAAGGAACAUGAAGAAGAAGACGAAAAUAUGACAUCAUCUUCAUCAUUCUCUGAAGAAGAGGAAGAGGAAGUUGCAGAUAAGAAGUUUAAGAGUGAAUCUGAGCCAACAACGCCAGAGUCUGAUCACCUUCAAGGUGUCAAAUCAUUGUUAUCCGAUCAAAAUGGAUCGGAUUUUAUAUUGGAUAUUCCUUCAAUGUAUAAACCCACCGCUACUGAAAUUCCCGAACCUGUAUAUCCGCCUGAGGAAUACGAUUUGAAAUAUAGUCAAGCUUUGUCGCCUUUGGACUUACAAAACGCCAUUAAAGAUGAAGAAGAUAUGCUCAUUUUGAAGCAAUUGCUGGGCGCAAAUACUCCUAAUGCUAUCUCUGAAACUGGCGCAGUUCUGGAGUACAAAACCUGGAAAUCUCGUCGACAAUUACUCGAAGAAAAACGGGCUUCGAAUUGGCAAAUCGAACUUAACGGAACUUCGUUUGAUAAUGAACUACAACCAACUAACUCCUUCAAGGCCGAAGGGUUCAGGAAAAUUGCUGAUAAAUUAAAAGUUAAUUAUUUACCUCAUCGUCGAAAAAUUCAUCAACCAUUAAAUACUGUGAACAUCCAUAACGAAAAGAAUGAAUACACUCCUGAACUUUCCCUAAGAGAAGAGUCCUCUAAUAAAGAACCUUCGGAUCCAGUUCCUCAAGAAGUUUCAUCCUCAAGAGAUAAUAGGGCAUCGAAUAGAAGGUUCCAACAAAACAUAGAGGCGCAAAAAGCCGCAAUUGGUACAGAAUCUGAGCUGCUGUCAUUGAAUCAACUAAAUAAAAGAAAAAAGCCAGUUAUGUUCGCUCGUUCUGCGAUUCAUAAUUGGGGUUUAUAUGCCUUAGAUUCUAUCGCAGCCAAGGAAAUGAUUAUUGAGUAUGUUGGUGAAAGAAUCAGGCAACCGGUAGCCGAGAUGAGAGAGAGGAGGUAUUUAAUGAACGGUAUUGGUUCAAGUUAUCUUUUUAGGGUUGACGAGAGCACGGUGAUUGAUGCCACUAAGAAAGGUGGUAUUGCCAGAUUUAUCAACCAUUGUUGUGAUCCAAAUUGUACGGCAAAAAUUAUAAAAGUUGGUGGGAGAAGGAGAAUUGUUAUCUAUGCAUUACGAGAUAUUGGGGCGAACGAAGAACUAACUUAUGACUAUAAGUUUGAAAGAGAACAAGAUGACGAGGAAAGGUUACCUUGUUUAUGCGGGGCCAGUAAUUGUAAAGGCUUCCUAAACUGA